CCGGGGGUCGGCCGAACGGGGCAGCGUAGUGGUAUUCGGUAAAAGGCCUCGGAGGCUCGCGAUCGCGCUCGCCAUGCUGCAGAUCAAGUUCGGGUCCAUGACGUUGUAGGUGAAGGCAUUAUGCUGGUAAUCUGUCUGUGAAGUGGCCCACUGAAAGAAUUUCCGUGCGAGAGUCACAUAUGUUUGUCGCUUGAGGACCUCACUGACAUGGAACGGAUCGAGCUUGAUGCCCAUCUGUGAAAGCGAAGUCAAGCUAUCGGCACGGUUCAAAAUUCGGCAAACAAGAUCUACAAGAACCUGCCCUUUGCCCAACUGAGGAGGCCUACCUUCUCUAACUCUACCUUCUGCAGGCCUGUAUCUUGUAGGUGAUCCCCUGCGCAUUCUUUCGGCAUUCCGCUUAAUCACAGGGACCCCAUUUAGAGCAGCUGACGAAACUGUGCAAAAGUGCGCAACUAGUCUAUGAAUCCACUUGAUCCAUCAGUAAAAAGUCCGGGGCUGGAGGACACAUUUGAUACUUGUCCGGGCAUCAAAGAAGCCAAAGCGAACCUAGUGGCUAAAAUGCUCUUCACGUCUGCCAGAGAAAAUUUUGGUUUGCCGAAUGAAGCUCCUCUCCGCUUCUAGUUCUGCCCGCAAUCCGUGACACCAUUGAUGUCAGCCUGGGUGUCAUCGAAAGGAAAACAUUUAUUUUCUGGAGAAUUAUGAGGGUGUCCAUGCGCAGAAGUCUGGGUAGAGUGUAGUCUGGGUACUGUACUGUAGCUUGACAUUUUCUCCCAGUAUCGAACUCCGAGUGCAUGCACAGAGAGAGUCAUCAACAUCAAUCUUCCGCGCUGUCUUUCCGGGCAGUUGCUAGAAAUCGAGUGCUAUUCCUAGGACCGAGCUUCUUCUACACAGCUUUGGGCGAGUAGUAUGUUGAACUUGUUUUUGACCCUACAAGACUCCGGCGAAUCAUAGUAUACAGCGAGAGGUGAAUACCCGAAGCUUGGAGAAUCCGCAAAACUUCAUGCGGACUAUGUACUACAUCAUCCACUAGUAUCAGCUCUCUACAUUCGCCGAAAUGUUGAAAAUAUAUGUAGUCGGAAGCGGCGAGUGGAACACAUCCCAACCACAGAACUCUGUCUACAUGCGGCAGAAUCUUGGCAAGGUGGAGCGUAAACUUUGAUACAUGGAUGUUAAAAAUUGUCCUUUGGAGAGUCUCUCAUGAUCCAGCGAUCAUUCACCGGACCAAACUGAGCGACACAGCCUCCAUCUUUGGAUCCGAUGAUUUGUACGAGCUCCCCAUACGUGUACUGCGGUCGCACAUGGAAACUUGAGAAAUCAUGGUAACGCGAAAUUAGAAACAUUCAUGCCAUCAAUACUGCAGUUUAUAACAUGGAAUUUGAUUUUUAGAUUUAACGUUUAGAUUUUUGGGUUUAAAUUCAUUUAGGUUUUUUCUUUUUUUAUGCUCUACAGGCCGGUUUUCAGCUUUAUCUAUCUAUCCAUAGAUAACCUAUUAAAGGCAAAGUUUUUUUUUUAUGCUUUCACGUGUUUUUUCAAUUAUAUUAGACUGACCGAAGUGAAGCAUUAUGGAGUCUUGUAGGGUACGUUAAA